AUGUCCAAUCCUCCCAUUCUGAUCAUCGGCGCAGGAAUCAGUGGUCUCAUAUUGGCCCAGUACCUUCGGCGCCAGAAUGUAGCCUUCAGGAUCUUCGAGCGUGAUUCUGCAGUUGACGCCCGCAGUGGUGGAUGGGGUUUGACACUACAUUGGUCACUCCCUGCCCUACGGGAACUAUUGCCUGGCGACCUUGUUGAUCGUUUCCCUGAGACCUUUGUCAAUAAAGAAGCUUCCGCCAAGGGCGAUGUCGGUCGCUUCCAAUUUUUUAACCUCAAGUCGGGAGAUGCAUUAUACGAUGUUCCUGCCGCCGAGCGCAUUCGUGUCAGCCGCGUUCGCUUGCGACACUUACUGACUACCGGCAUAAAUGUUGAAUGGAACAAAACCCUUCGAAAUAUCGAGUCUACAGCCAAUGAAAUUACCGCGUACUUCGACGAUGGCACAGACUAUACCGGGCGGCUACUUGUCGCAUGCGAUGGUUCACGGUCGCGCACACGCGAGAUUCUAUACCCAGAUGCACAGAUGAACCAAUUACCAGUACAGCUUCUAGGUACAUCGACACUAUACAGCGCGGAGGAAAUGGGAGGCGCCGAGUCGAUCGACCCUUUCAUCUUCCAAGGCUCGCAUCCUGACUCAAACAUUUUUCUGUUCUUCAGUUUCCUGGACACCCCGAACAAUUUUGAAACUAGUAGUAAAAACCUUUACCACUGUCAAAUCGUCAUCUCUUGGGCGGAUUCACAGGGCAUCCCCGUCCCAGACACGAACGCCGACCGCAUCACGCUGAUCAAGAAAUUGACUGAUAAUUGGUCGGAACCAUUCCGCUCGCUGGUGCACAAUCUUCCGCACGACGUGGAAGUGCGCUCGAUUCGCAUUGAAGACUGGAUGUUCCGGCUGGGCAGGGCGCACGCGCAUCCCCAGGCGGUGCUGGUGGGUGAUUCGGCUCACACAAUGACCAUGUUCCGCGGAGAAGGGGCCAACAACGCGAUCGUCGAUGUGUUGGAUCUUGUGAAGCGUAUCGAUAUGCGCCAGGCAAGGUCUCUCGACUCAGAAGCCCUGAAAUCCUCCCUCGCAGCAUACGAGAACGAUGUCUUCGCGCGAGCCGAACUGAGCUUCCUCAACUCUAGACAGGCAUGUCUCGAUGCUCAUGACUUUUCCAAAAUUGAAGGAAGUCCGCUAGUUGGGUCCCGAGAUUGGAAGAAAUCGGACUGA